AUGCUACUCGUACCAUCGCCAAAUCGUAUUCCCACCACAUCACUGCAGAACAUCUCCGUCAAGAACGUGCCGGAAGUGAACCUCAUGGGUGGUGUGGAUCCAUUCUUGGAGGUGCAGUGUGGCUUCUCCAAGGAUCCGGAUGCGAAGGGACGAACUAGCGCAUCCAAAGACAAGGUGGAUCGGACUGAGAUCUUGUCGGGCAAUACCAACCCAAAGUUCUCGAAGACCCUCGACCUGCCACGGGUCUACAACAAACCGGAUCAGUUCAUGAAUUUCUUGUUGUUUGACUCCGGCACUGCAGAGGACACCUUCAUCGCCAGCAAAAGCCUGUCAGUGAAUAAGCUGCUAGAAGGCAUCAGCAUCUUCGAUCUGCAAAAUCCACCGAAGCCCAUGCCGCAGGAACUCGUCUUUGUGUCGGAAGUGGCCACGAAGAAAGACAUCAAGGCCAAGUUCGACGUGGUCAUUUGCGAGGCCAUGAAAUUUGUCUUCAACAUCAAGUCGGGUGAAAAGUUCCCAGAGGUGGAUAGUUUCGGUGGCAUCGAUUCCUUCAUUGAAAUCCGGGCCACCCGUAGCGAUGUGAAGCUCAACUGCAGUGAGUCUUGA